AUGGAAUUUCCUCGGAAGAAUAAUUCUGGUGAAGACGAAAGUGAAUUGAGAGAAAAGCAUUCACUGGACGACGACAACUUCCUGUUAAUUUCUAGUACACCACAACAAUCACAUAGAAAUCAAGUGAUGAAUAGGAGAUACUUCAACGGAAGUCAGACAACGAUAAAUAUAACGAAUGAAUCAAGCCUAGAUCGAAAUUUUUCUGAAUCAAAUUCGAAUGUAGAUAAAGCACAUAUUAAUACUGACGAGUUAUUUAAUCGACUUCUCUAUCCAAAACAUCGUAAGAAUGCUAUCGUAGAAAUAUGCGAAUGUAUUAAAAAUGAUAAAAAUAAUUCUCUCAAUAUGGGAUAUUUUAUUUUUGGACGUCCAGGUAUUUCGGCAGCAUUUUGUUUGGAAAUUUUUGAACACUAUCCGUAUGAUAAGAGGGUCCCACUUUCACCAGCAUCAUUUGAGGUAAGUGAAUAA